AUGUUGUCUUUAAUAAGCGAAAGCUACUACUCCAGUGCCUCGGAUCCGAGAGACAAGGUAUAUGCUCUGUUGGGAACCCUUGGACAGAAAGAAUCCACCGCAAUUGCAGACGAUGUUCGAUACACCAUGGACGUACACGUUGACUACAAGUCCUCAGUAUCCAAGAUAUACAGUGCCAUAAUCCUGUUAAUCAUGAAUGAACGGCAGAACUUCACGCUACUAGCAGAGUUCAAAGAACCAGCUAUUGGUAUCGGACGUGAGGCCAGCGAUAUUACUGACGAGCUUCCUUCCUUCGUGCCGGAUCUCCGUCGAAUUGACGGCCAGUCAGAUUCUAGCAUUGCAUUUCAAGAUGGCUCACCUUGGUGGCGCAUGAAACCGCCCAGAUACGAAAAAAUCGGGUGUUUGCCACCAUCGCGUUGGUCUUAUCAAGCAGGACGGACUCUGAAAAUGGGCGCCGUGCGCAUGGCAAAUGUCAACGCUGUCCUGAGCGUAACGAGGGGGACAGAAUGGAUUCCCGCGCUCUUCUCCGCCACCUUUGCUCUGCAUGCUGACUGUACCUUCCACCCCGCAUUACUAGACUGUUUGAAAAGGGCGGCGUCCCCAAACUCUGGAGACGAAUUCAUGAUUCUGGACGGGCGGAAGGAACGCCCGUUACAUCUCGACACCACGGAUGACAGUGACAAGUCGUCAUCGACUCUAAUCACGAGAGAAUCACCCUUCAAGCAGGAGGCGUCUCAGCUUUUUGACAGCGAUCUCCUGCCGAGUUGGCUAUGUGAAGAGAUCGAGUGGCGUGUCCCAAAGUCGACAAGGUCAGGUGAUGUACUCGUCGCCUGCGGGCCAGGGAUGCUUUUGGUUUUGCGUCCAAGACUUACUGGCGGAUGGUACUUCGUUGGCGCUUGCGAGGUGGUGUUUGUAGGCACGCCUGAGACACAACAGAAAUAUGCGUUCGGGGAACGGAGUGCUGAGCAUGGCUUUUUGGGAUUGACGCCCUUGCUCACUGACCUCUACACAUAUGUGAGGGAUGAUGAGAUUGAGGAGUUCGAGAUCUUCUAG